CUGGAAUUCUUUGAAAUCAAUUACAAUUACAAUUACAUUUAUUAUUUUUCUUUAUCAUUUUGAGUUGGUACCCGAGACUAUAUAUCUAUAGAAGUGGUUUCAUCUUUUUCCUUCUACGCCUACAUGAAAUCACCACAACUUUUGAAACUUGCGACGAAGCAGGUGUACUAGGUGCUUUUAGAUUCCAUCAACCUCUAUUACCUGUGCAAGAAAUCCUCCGUGGCAAAUCAUCAUACUUGUACAUUCAUUUUGAAGCCACUUUCUUACUUCCAUUGAAACCUCAGCUUGCGAAGGAAAUUGACCUGCGGAGGUGGCACAAUUAUAGAGCCGACCCCGCUAUAUAAAUUUUCGCCUCCAUGUCUUCCAUUCCCUUCAAGAGACUGGUAGUCUUACCUACAACCCUUUCUUACGCACUUGUUUCUUACAAACCAGAUACACUAUUAUCCUCCCAGCCGAGCUACUGGGGAACAUUUGUACAACUAUACUUGUUACAGUUCAUAGGCUUUGCCAUCUGGAGAGUGAUCUUGUAUCCUUACUAUUUUUCACCCCUGAGACAUUUACCCUCUCCAAAAGGAGGUAGUUGGUGGAAUGGCCAAUGGAAGAGGAUCUCUGGAGAGCCAACUGGUCAGCCGAUGCUUGACUGGAUACAAGAUAUCCCAAAUGACGGCAUCAUAAGAUAUUUAGGGAUGUUGAAUUCGGAGAGAGUCAUGGUCACCAAUGCCAAAGCACUCGGUGAAGUUCUUACCAUCAAAAAUUACGACUUUGUUAAACCUUCUACCCUUCGUGUCGGAAUUGGACGUCUCCUUGGAAUUGGUGUUCUUUUGGCAGAGGGAGAUGAGCACAAAAUACAGAGAAAAAAUCUAAUGCCCGCGUUUGCAUUCCGACAUGUUAAGAAUUUAUAUUCCGUCUUCUGGGAUAAAUCCUGUGAAGGGUUGGAAGCCAUGACCAAAGAAGUCAAGGCGAAAGAACGUGGCGAUAUCCCCAAUGACGUAGCCGAAGACAAAGAUGGAAAUGAUGGAAGUGUUGCUCAGCCAGAGAAGGGCGCAGCGAUUGUGGAAGCUAUGCAAUGGGCGAGUAGAAUAACACUGGACAUAAUCGGAGCAGCUGGCUUGGGCAAAGGCUUCGGAGCAAUUCAGGACCCCGACACACUACUAAAUCGAACAUAUAGGACUGUGUUUAAACCAACACGCUCUGCACAAAUUCUUGGAAUUCUCCAACUUUUCUUACCAGGAUGGUUCGUCAAAAGAAUACCUAUCAAGAGAAAUGGGGAGAUCGAGGAAGCUGCAGAAACCAUCAGAUCCGUUUGUAGGGAUCUCAUCCAUGAGAAGAAAACGAAGCUAGAAAAGAAGGAGUUGACCGAUGUGGAUAUCUUGAGUGUGGCGUUGGAGAGCGGAGGCUUUCCCGAUGAGAAUCUCAUCGAUCAACUUAUGACUUUCCUAGCAGCUGGCCACGAGACGACUGCAAGUUCCAUGGCUUGGGCCAUCUAUCUACUCUGCGCCUACCCAGAAGUUCAAUCUCGUCUCCGAGAGGAAGUCCGUGCAAAACUUCCCAGUCCAGACUCAGACGCCAGUGUUACAAGUCAAGAUAUCGAUUACAUGCCAUAUCUAAACGCUGUCUGUAACGAAAUUCUCCGCUACUUUCCACCUGUUCCUCUCACCCUCCGUGAAGCCGCCGUUGAUACGACGAUCUCUGGUCAGCACAUACCGAAGGGAACACGUGUGAUGCUGAUUCCAUGGGCCAUCAAUAAGGACGAGAAGAUGUGGGGAUCCUCUGCUCGAAAUUUCGAUCCUGAUCGAUGGAUGGCUGACAAUGGCGAGUCGCAUAAUACGGUCGGAGGUAGCUCGAGUAAUUAUGCAUUCCUUACUUUUUUGCAUGGACCAAGAAGUUGUAUUGGCCAACAGUUUGCGAAGGCGGAGUUUGCAAUAUUGUUGGCGACAUGGAUCGGAAGGUUUGAGUUUGAGUUGAAAGAUAAGAGGAUGAUGGAUGAGAAGAAUCUGUAUAUUAAAGGGGGAGUGACUGCGAAGCCUUCGAAGGGUUUGUAUGUGAAGAUGAAGGUUGUUGAGGGGUGGUAGAGGAGGGAAAUCCGAAUUUCUGCUACUAUUACGAUGAGUUUAAAUAGAUAGAGUUGCUAAGCAACAGAUGAUGAUCAUGUAUACUUUAUUAUGGCGUUGUUGAGGGUUUGUAGGUUACUUUCCCUAAGGCUUAAGCUUUCUCGAUCUCUCGGCGUCUCGAUAUUCAUUCACAGCUUGUUAGAUGGGAUGUCAGUUCAAUGUUUUCUUGAAUUCUAGAUGGUUUGCCCUGGUGUAUACUCUUGAAUCAUCUAGACGGUAUUCAAUCAUCAGAAGUUUGAGGGUCCAGUCUUGCCAUAUAUUGUGGUCUUCUAGGAUGUUCGACUUAUAGAAGAUAUUUGAACCAUUCAGAGCCUCUCAAUCCAAUCUGUCUAUUUGCACAACUUAUCUUCAUGGCUUCAUCGUCUUUCAAAUAUCGCAUCUUGGGUGUGUUCAUUCGGAUUAUUAGAUAUACUGAUGGAUUGAGUUUUGAGAACUCCUUGGUAAAACCAUAUGGUAUGGUAUGGUAUGUAAGCGAAGAUAUUGAACCUCUGUACCGGUACUGUAUUUCGGUAGCAAAAUUACUC